AUGGACGCAGAAGGCUUCAUUGCACCGUUACUGGGCGCCCUGCAGGCCUGCGUGUCUGUCCUCCUCACCAUCUGUUACGGAGUCGCGGCUCAACGACUACAAUUGAUGCACAAAACGUCGAUAGACGAUAUUGCAGGUUUAAGCGUCAAACUCUUUCUGCCUGCAUUGAUUGUCAUUCAUCUGGGCGAGCAAUUGCAUGCUGGGAAUCUGUUGAACUAUGUUCCUGUCCUGGUUUGGUCAUUCAUUUACACAAGCAGCUCUAUCGGAUUCGCAUACAUCGCCUCAAAAGGAUUCAAACUUCCGCCCUGGGUCACACCGGCUUGCGCCUUCAACAACACCACAUCACUCCCGUUGCUCCUCUUACAAUCUCUCGAAAGCGUUGGAAGCCUACAUCCAAUUGUUCGCGGUGAAGAUACAGUCCCGGAUGCUAUUCGCCGGGCUCAGAGCUACUUUCUUGUUUGCGCUGUGGUCAGCAAGACUAUUGGAUACGCUGCGGGUCCCAGGUUGCUGGAGGCGCAGACCAACAGCGAUGGUGGACAAGGUAGACGCAUAUCAGAGGCAGAACAGAGUGAUACUGAGGCGCAGCAUGCUUCAGCAGCGGGCCAAGACAAUGUCAAUGAGGAAACUUCUCUGCUUCCAGACCGCGCACACAAAGCAGGCCGUCAGAUUCGCAGUCAGAUUAAGCAUUACGGGGGAUGUGUCACAUCUUGCCUUCCGAAACGGGUCAAGCAACGGCUUCUGGCGCCCUUCGAGUCCCCUUUUGCAGAUGUCAUGAUCACAUGUACGAUUGUCGGCGUAAUCCUGGGAUCUGUACCGCAACUUCACAGGGCAUUCUUCAACCACUCAGAUGAGGGUGGUAUCUUCAAUGCAUGGUUGACCUCCAGCGUCAAGAACAUUGGCCAGUUAUUCACAACGCUUCAAAUCUUCAUUGUCGGGGGAAAAUUAGGUCUCAGCUUUGAACGAAUGAGAGGUGGCUCUGGUCGUAUUCCUUUCAGGGCGAUCUUGACUAUAUUCCUCGUUAGAUUAGUCCUAUGGCCUGCAAUCAGUAUUUCCAUAAUCUAUGCUCUGGCCAAGGGAACUAACUUCCUCCAAACCGACCCGAUUCUCUGGUUCAGUAUGAUGCUCAUGCCUGCUGGACCGCCGGCUUUGGUGAUAUCGGGACUGGCUGAAUUGGCUAAGAUUCCUGAGACAGAGGAGAUUGAGGUUGCGAAAACUUUAACGAUCAUGUAUGCAUUGUCGCCGUUUGUGUGUCUGUCGAUUACGGGAGCAUUGAAAGCUUCUCAAGCUGCGUUGGAAGCGAGGAGUUUAUGACGAUUAUACGUGUAUGAUACUGUAUAUAUUGCAUAGUAG